UAAAAGUAGCUUUAACCAAGGCUAGCUGUGGCUAUCUCACCAGCUAGCGUUAGCUGGAUUUGGCUCUCUUAUUAGAUUGUUUGGUUUGGUUUUUAGCUGAAUUUUGUAGUUACUGCAAAUUUGAUAUGAAGCUACAGCCAGCAGCCAGUUAGCUUAGCUUAGCUGGAAAUGGGGAAAACCGCUGGUUGCCUGGCAACCAGACCAAGUCCGACACAUAACCGAGACUAUAAAACCACAAAUUGUCAUUUUUAAACUUUGUUUUUUACUGGAGGACUUCCAGUCAAGUAACUACCAGUCUGGAGGUUUGCACGCUGAGCUGCGGUGAAGAAAUGGUUAACCAAAGAUGCAAGAGGUGUGUGAGUCUGUCUGAGCAUGUGCUGCUGCUGCUGCUGCUGCUGCAGUGAAGUAAAAAUGUGUCAAUUUCCAAUCGGAGAGCAGAGACACCGUGGAGGAGAAGCCGGGGACAACCGACGAACAGCAGACGCAACACCGCGACAUCCUGGACAAUCUCUCCGGGUGAUGUGUUUGAUCCACCGGCCUGUGUGCUGAGGGAGACGCCGCAGAGCUCAAUCUGAAGACCUGCAUCUCGUUAGCAUAGAUAGAAGAUUUGCGUGAAAGCAAGAGGAAGGAUGGUGACCUUGGAAACCCCAGAGGCUCCUGUACCUCUGACGGCACUGUCCCGCUGGUACCUCUACGCCAUCCAUGGCUACUUCUGCGAGGUCAUGUUCACAGCCGCCUGGGAGUUUGUCGUGAACUGUAACUGGAAAUUCCCUGGCGUGACCAGUGUGUGGGCGCUCUUCAUCUACGGCACCUGCAUCCUCAUCGUGGAGCAGAUGUACUUGAAGCUGCGUGGCCGCUGCCACGUGCUGCUGCGCUGCAUCAUCUACACUUUAUGGACAUACCUGUGGGAGUUCGGCACGGGGCUGCUGCUGCGCCAGUUCAACGCCUGCCCCUGGGACUACUCCGAGUUCCGCUACAACUUCAUGGGACUGAUCACGGCGGAGUACGCCGUGCCCUGGUUCUGCGCCUCCUUUAGCGUGGAGCGCUUGGUCAUCCGCAAAACACUGCGCCUGCGCUUCCAUGAGGGGCCUGAGGAUGGUUGGUCAAACCAUCGGUCGGAUGCUGGGGGCGGAGGAGGAACUGUGGGGGGUGAGAGGAGGAGAGAGAGGAGCAGAGGGAUGGGAAAUGAUGCUAAUGGCUACCUUAAAGGAGAAUGAAUGAAGGAAUAGAAAGCAGGACACAAUCUGAAACCAGCCCAAUCGCCCUGCUACACCUCUUCUACCCUCCUCAGCCACUUUUCAUAAGCAGUCCGCCCCCUUAACUUUAUGGGAGGAAGGCAAACAGACAGCUAUGUAGACUGGGCUGGUGUACAGAGUUAUCAGAACAGCCAGAAAACAACACCUAACUGGGGCUUCAAACACCCAAAUCACUCCCUGUGCUCUCUACUGUCAGCAGAGGCACAAUUUCUGUUUUUCAGGGGCAAAUCAGUCUAUCUGAAAGCAGAAUGCUUGCUGCAUAGAAAUCCUAAUAAAAAGUAGCAACAGCUGUAACAUGUUCUUUUUAAAAUGUACAUAUUGUCCUUUAGUAUUAUUCAAAGUACUGUAGUAAUGUAGCUACAAAAAGCUCUUUAAGAACACAGCGUCCACCCUGAGGCAAUGCUCCACGUGUCAGCUUACAUCAUGAAUGUUUUGCUGCAGUUAGUGAAUACCCACAAUGCCUGGAAAAAAAAUGCAUGAAAAAAGUUGUCUUCCAAUAUAAUAUACAUUUUUACAGAGCUCAUCCAGCAGCCAUCCUGUACAUCUCUUGAGUCAGUCUCCUGCUUGUGUGUGGGGGACGACAGUAGCUCAGGCAGUAGAGCCGGUUGACCAGCUAUCAUGGUCGAUUCCCGGUUUUCUCCUCCUGACAGCAUGUUGAAGUGUCCUUGAGCAAGACACAGAACCCCCAAACGGCUCCCGGUGAGCAGGUCACGGCCUUGCGUGGCAGCUUCUUCCCCAUCAGUGUAUGAAUGGGUGUGUGUGUGUAGGCUAAUGUGAGGCAUUUUAAAGCGCUAAAUAAAUGCAGUCCAUUUACAGUAAUAGCAGUGGCUCUUUUCUGUUGAUGGAAAUGAUUGUGAGUCAUGAGCAGCAGCAUAAAGCACCAAACCUCUUGGUAAUUUCCUUUUUACAGUUUUUCAGAGAUGACUCACUGUCUGCAUGUGUCUUUUAUGUGCUUUAAUGUUGUUUCAGAUCUGCCAGGGUCACAUACGCCUCAUUUCUUAAUUCUCAUUCACUGGAAACCAAUAGUAACUCCUGUCAAAUCAUACAAUUUACCUAAUGAGGCAAUGGUUUUUUCCCCUCACGGCUGCUGCCACACGAUCCAAAAAGUGUUUCGUCAUUGAUAAAAUACUGCUUAAUUACCUAUUUUCCUAUUCCUAUUACACUGUAAGCGUGAGAGCAGUAGUAAAUUUUGAAUGACACUGAAUGACUUGAUUAACUGAAAGGGUUUAGGUGUGACGUCAGGUUUCCAGAUUUGAGGUGUUUGACUUCCAAAACAAAUGUCAUAUGCGUAUGUUUUACCCAUCACAGCGUUGUUGGUCGUCAGGUUUUCACCCCAUUGUCAUGACCCUUCUCCUUAUGUACUUUACAGUUAAUUUGACGAGUGUGUGAAGAGCAGGAAAUAUGCAGCAGAUUAAUUAAUCAACAAGUAUCAGAAUUUGUUGCUCAUUUCUUUCCAACAUUAAUGAUAUUUUAGUCACAAUCGGUUUGAUUUCAUUGGUGAAUUAAGACCUCUGUGUUAUUUUAUAGUAUCUGAGACAGGCUGCACACGUUUAACUGUAAUAUAAACUGGUCUAAAAUGCUUAAAACAAACAAAAUAUAACAGUUCAGGUAGUACUAGAUUAACUUCAACUGCAUUUUUGAAUGGUCCUAACUUCACAGCACUCAUGUCUUACAUGGCAACGUCCAGACAUUUGGUACUCCAAGCAGGUGAAAACACACAGAAUAUAAUGCUUAUUUCCUCUGGUGUUGUUACUCUCCAUGUGGAUCAUGUGACUCCCUCUACUCUGGAAGUAGAAAAAGAUCAAGGACUAUAAACUCUCACCUUCAUGCACACAGGAGCUGAGUCAGUGGAUCUGGUGCUACUGCAUCAAGCAUAAAACCGUCGGACAUAUCCCUCUUUACCGUGAUUCAAAGGUACCCGGGGAUUGACAGUAUACAUGAAAUGGAAACCUGAUCUCUGAAAAGUAUUCCUCAGGAGGACCAUUUAUGUUGUAGACUCGAUAACAACAUUUUGUGCUGACAAUAGUUGAACUCAGCUUUCCCCCCAUUUUAACUGAUAAUAGGAAAAAUGCAAAAAACAGAUCCAAAUCCAUUUUUUCCACCACACUACUGGACUAUUUAAAUGCGUGACCUUCAUGAUUGUGGCUGCAAUGGCAUGCAGUGUGUUGUCUCCCUGAGUCCAGAGGGUGGAUGGCAAGAAGCUUGUUCCACAUGACACACAAAUUGCUGCCACCCAGUGGAUAAACUGAAAACUGCAACUGGAAAAUAUAUGUUUUAUUAAGCUUGGACAAGAAAUAAAAAGACGUGAAGGUAAAGAAUCCUUAUUAGGAUAAAAAAACAGAAGGAUAUCACAUUUUUUAUUUUUGUUUAAUUUCGUACAUAAUUCUACAGGCUUAAAAGCAAUAUAAGCUUCUGACCCAGCAAUGAUUAUCCAGCUCAAGGCCGUUACCUUUUUUCUCUUAAAAAUCUACUAAACUACAUUAUGAGAACUGGUAUGCAGCUAAUAUCUUUAUCCAACUCUACUGCUUUGAUGAGACAAAUCACAAGAACAUGCAAAAUAAGUGUAUUUGAUCUCUGCAAUAUGUGAGAGAAGGAGUAUUAGGUGAUUGUGUAUAGUGUGUUUUAAAAAGACACCUUCUCUCUGUGUGUAUGUGCAUGUGAAGUAUGUUAAAACUGAACUGAUUCUCUGGUAUUUUUACCUUGAGGCUGCAUGUCCAAGAGUUUUAAAUUUCUCCUCCAAACUGAUUUUAUCCAAGUGAUUAUUAGCCCCAUGUACUGUAAUGGUUGCGUAUUUUUUCAUUAAAAUGUACAGGUUUUUAGUCAAAUGACUGUACUGUAUAUCACUCACUUUGAUUAUGUUUCCAUGUAUGAUUUAUCAAACUUUGAGAUUAAAUGUAUUUAUUUGAUCUUAAAA